AUGUUGACCAUCCGCUCACCAGUUGCCGCACUGGCGGUUGUGCUCAGCCUCAUGAGCCUCGUCGACGCGGCGCCCCAAAACAGGGGAAACAGGGGAGGAAAUGGCCGUGGAAACAGGCAAACGGCGCAGCAAAAGGCCGCGCAGGUUCCGCAGGGCAUCACGCGAGCCACUGAUGGGUCAAUGAUUCUCGAUAUGACUGCCAACGUCAACGGCCUCGACCUCCGGUUCAAGAUCAGCGGCCCAGCCGAGCAAUUUACCGCAGCCAGCGGUGUUCCCGGCGCGGCCGCUCAACCCGGCGCCCAAGGCACACUCGGCCUGAACGUCCUCCUCCACGGUGACGGCGGCCAGUCCUUCUUCGACAUGCCCAACCAGGGCGUGCAGCAGAACCUCGCCGGCGUUGCUGUCCUCGCACCGGACCCGAACCUCUUCUGGGGCGGUGGUCAGGGUCUGCAACGCACCGACGGCGUUGCUCACUCCCAAGCCGUCAACGACCUCAUCCAGAAGACGCUGCCCCAAAUGAUGGCCUUCAACCAGUCCAACGUCUUCUUCACAGGUGUGUCUGGAGGAUCUCUGAUGCUGUCCGGCUUCUUCAUGCCUGCGCACAUGCAGAACUUUGCGGGAAACGGCGUCCUCUUGAACUGCGGCGGCCUCGAGCCCCAGGUGACGGUGCAGGAUCCUCAGGCUAUCGCCAACACGCGCAUCCACUUCCAGAGCACCAAGAAAGAACUUUCAUCGCUGCAGCAGUCAAUCCCCGCGGCCAUCAAGGCGUACGAGCAGAUUGGCACCAGUGCUGGCCUGGAAGCGAACGCGCUCAAUGCCAAGCAGACGGUCAACAACUCCCCCAACGGCGGACACUGCGCCUUCGACGAGCAGGGUUUCGUCUCGGGCAUCCAGCUGGUUGCGAACAACUACGCUACAAUCAUGCAGGGUGGUACUGGAGAUGUCCAAGGUAUCGGAAACGUGCUGACGGGUGUUUCUGGCAAUGAGAAUUUGCAGUUCACCGGUGCGGAGCGGAGACGCGAUAUUGGUUGA